GUGCCCUUCUGCUCCUCCACACACCUCACGCAUUAACCUUCCUUGACACCCACCAUGGUCCUCCUUGUCACCUCAGACAAUGAGCAGUUCACCACCGAGAAGGACAUCGUUGAACGUAGCGUCCUCAUCCGGAACAUGCUCGAGGAUGUCGGCGAGUCCGAUCAGCCCAUCCCUCUUCCCAACGUGUCCUCCAGCGUUCUGAAGAAGGUUUUGGAAUACUGCGAACAUCACCGCGGCGAGCCCCUUCCUGCUGCCGAUGCCGAUCAAUCGCAGGACGAGACGCGCAAGCGCACGACCGACAUCUCUGAAUGGGAUCAAAAGUUCAUUAAUGUCGACCAGGAGAUGCUCUUUGAGAUCAUCUUGGCUGCCAACUACCUCGAUAUCAAACCUCUGCUCGACGUUGGAUGCAAGACCGUUGCUAACAUGAUCAAGGGCAAGACUCCCGAGGAAAUUCGCAAGCUCUUCAACAUCGUCAACGACUUCACGCCCGAGGAAGAGGCUCAAAUCAAGAAGGAGAACGUGAGCAUCGAAGUAUCCCACACCGAUUCCCGGCUGAUCAUAGUAUAGGAAUGGGCUGAGGACCGAUAAGCAUUUGAUUCAUGUCACCCACCACUCUUCACUUUUGUCAUUGUCGCGCCCCAAGUUCAAGAUAUGUCUGUAAAUCUAUAGCAACCCACAAUGAUCUUCUCCCAUCCAAAACAUUAUUGCAUGCGAAAUC